AUGUUGCAUUUCGCAAUUCCGGAGGGAGCCACCAAGCUCCGCGAAGUACCGCAGUCACAACUUGACCUAAGAUCUGAUGCAGAUAUCAUCGCAGAACUCAGCUCUUUCCGUCCAGUAACGUCCGAGAAGAAUGUAUGGGCUUUUUGGGACAAGGGUCUCGACGCCAUGUACCCCAGCUACAGAUGCACCGUCCUGAACUGGGUGCGAAAGCUCGGUCCUGAAUGGACUGUCCGACUCAUCGAUCUCAUCGAAGGAUCCCCAAACAACAUCUACAAUUUCAUCGGCAAAGAAUGGCUUCCUCAAUGCCUUGUCAACAUGACCAUGGACGGAGCUCACAAAGCACAGCACACAUCAGAUCUGAUUCGUUUACCCUUGCUCUUCGAGCAUGGCGGCGUUUGGAUGGAUGUCGGCAACAUGCUGCACACACAUCUGGACGAGCUUUUCUGGAACGCCCUUGCAGACCCAGACUCCCCAUACGAGGUCGGCUUGUGGAUCAUCAGCGGUCAGAUUAGGAAGAAAUGGGGCAGCUUCGGCAACUUUAUGCUAGCCGCAAGAAAGGGUUCCAUCUUCAUCAGAAAUUGGCACAACGGCUUCAAGGAGCUUUGGAGAGACCGAACCAACGAGCAUGGCUUCCACAAGCAUCCCUUGAUUCAGGACAUUGGCAUUGCCGACGGCAUGGCAGACUGGAACUUCCAGGACAAAGUACUCCAUAUGAGCGACUACGUUGCGCAGAUGCUCAUUGGCGACCGCACACGGAAUCUCCUCGAUGUGGAGACUGGCUGGAACGGACGUGACUACUAUGAGAAGAAGGCUUUCAUGGUCGAAGGUAUCAACAAUGGCAUCUUGGGCUCGAUCAAAACCGACUACGACGGCGCUAAGCAGGUCGAAAUUUUCACAACACCGCUUGAUGAGCCUGACGAGAAAAAGAGAAAGGCUGCCGAGGAUUUUGUGGUUGACAUGUUAGAAAACAGCCACAUGUACAAGGUUUAUCACAACUCGGCUGGCGGGCUGCCUGCACUCGGGGACUUGAUCAAGCAAAAGAAUCUUUUGGAUGCGGAUCAUAGACCAGGAACUUUCGGAGAACUCUACAGGUAUGGCACGGUACAUUGGCGGUCAACGAGGAAGGUUGAGCAGCUCUCGCCACAACCAAACGACGAUGAGUUGAUACGAGCCACACCUACAACAUCUUCCGGAAAUAAUUGA